AUGCCUUCCUUCACCGUCCUCAAGGGCUCCUCCUCCGGUGCCAUCACCAAGGCCACCACGACGCGCCCCGAACUUAUCGGCGACCAGGUCUACCUCCGCGUCACUGCCUCGGGUCUCUGCGGCACUGACCUGCACUUCCGCCAGGCCGACAUGGCCCUUGGCCACGAGGGUGUUGGUGUCGUCGAGUCCGUUGGCCCCGCUGUCAAGACGCUCAAGGUCGGCGACCGCGUCGGCUGGGGCUACAACCACGACUGCUGCAGCAACUGCGAGCUGUGCCUGACUGGCCACGACAUCUACUGCUCCCAGCGCGCUCUGUACGGCUACGCCGACCUUGACCAGGGCUCCUUCGCCGAGGGCGCCGUCUGGCGCGAGGCCUUCCUCUUCAAGGUCCCCGAUAGCAUGUCCGACGCGAACGCCGCGCCGCUCAUGUGCGGUGGUGCUACGGUCUACUCGUGCUUUGACCUGUACGGCCUGGCCCCUACCGCUCGCAUCGGCAUCCUCGGCAUCGGUGGCCUGGGCCACUUGGCCAUCCAGUUCGCGGCCAAGCGCGGCAGCGACGUUGUCGUUUUCUCCGGCACUGACUCGAAGCGCGAGGAGGCCAUGGCCCUCGGCGCCAACGAGUUCUACGCCACCAAGGGCCUCAGCGAGCUCAACAUUGGCAAGCAGCUCGACGCGCUGCUCGUGUGCACGUCGGCCCACAUCGACUGGAACACGUACUUCCCCAUCAUGGCGCCCAACUCGAUCCUGUUCCCGCUGUCGGUAGAGUCGGGCAACCUCGUCGUGCCGUACAUGCCCCUGCUGGCCGGUGGCAUCCGCAUCCAGGGCACCAUCGUCGCCAACCGCGCCGUCCACCGCCGCAUGCUCGACUUCGCCGCCCGCCACCAGAUCAAGCCCAUGAUCCAGCAAUACCCCAUGACGGUGCAGGGUGUCGAGGACGCCAUGGCUGCGCUCGACGCCGGCAAGGUCCGCUACCGUGCCGUGCUUAUCCCCGAGGCCAACAAGGCCUAA